UGUAUUGCACGACAGACCCCCUCCCAGCCCGAUGCGACCCGCCGCCAACAUCGAGGAGGAGGACGUAACACCGUCGACCUCCGAUUUGGAGGAAGACGACGACCCCGCCGAGGAAAAUCCACGUCCGGGACUGAGCAACAUAUUGCGCGACAGACCCCCUCCCAACCCGAGGCGACUCGCCGCCAACAUCGAGGAGGAGGAAAAGGAGGACGUAACUCCUCCGGCCUCCGAUUUGGAGGAAGACAACCCCGCCGAGGAAAAUCCGCGUCCGGGACCAAGCAGCAUAUUGCGCGACAGAGCCCCUCCCAGCCCGAGGCGACCCGCCGCCAACAUCGAGGAGAAGGAGAACGUAAAUCCGCCGACCUCCGAUAUGGAGAAAGACGACGAACCCGCCGAGAAGAUACCAC